UUAUAGAUAUUGUAACUCCAUUUCCUUAAACAAAUGCGGCCAACGGCCGGGCUAUAGGCUAGUAGGUUUAUAAGGCAAGCUCAAAAUUGAUCAUUAAAUGAGCUAGUUGGACCUUAUUGGGUUAGUUUUUUGGGUUAAUACCUUAUUCUGGCCCGAACUAUGACCAUAUAUUCAACUUUGGCCCGUGGUUUCAUAAAUUAACAUCCUGGUCUCAAUUCUGCAGCAUAUAGACUCAAUUGGCCUGACGCGUGGUUUGACCGUCUAUUUGGAUGGUCAGUGGUGUUGACCGUUAGUCAACUAUCCAACUCACUGCCAUGUGAGCACCAAUCCAGAAAAAAUUCAAAAUUCAAAAUAUUUUAUUAUUUCAUUUAUAUAAUUAACAAAAUAAUGAAUAAUGAAAAAAUAUCCUAACCAUCAUUCUUCCCCUUCUUUCCCAUCGCCAGCUCUGUUCUAUGUUCUUAGAAAACCAUUGGAACCAAAUGCAUAAGAGGAAAACAUUAAAACCCCAAGCUUGUAGAUCCAAAUUUCGAUUGAAGUACCCAACAGUUCAUUCGUUCGAGGAAUUUCAGCGAUUUCUUAUGGCUGGGCAAAAAUCAAUGGUACCCUAGAAAAUGGAGUUUGGGAGAGACGUGGCAAGCCACUUGAAAAUGGUUGCUUCACUAAACUCAUAUCCCUCUCUCUCUUCACUUCCUCCACCGUGUUGCAUCUCCCCCAAUCCCCUAACAAUCGAUUCAAUUCCAGAUCUUCAAGUUAUGGUUCCAAGAGAGAGAGUAAAUCAUGUCGCUAAUGCGAUGUCGAGAGCAGCGACAACGUCAGCGCGUUGGAUCUGAGGAUCUUCUUGUGGUAGCGGACAGUGAUGAAGAUGCUCGGGAAAGUGAAGCGACGAAACUUGUCGGUGACAGUCGGGAGCGCGACGAGAUAUUUCUGUCGGUGUUCCGACGAAUAUGGUUUCCCGGCACAGAUCUUUCCGCCUUGAUGGACAGGGAAAGCUUUAUCGUCUCGAAAUGUCGCGGCCUUAAUGGACGAAGAGUAUUGGAGCAGAGGAAGGCGACAGCGUAGCGGAUGAGGCGGAGGAAGGGGAUUGGUUGUGGUUUUGAAAUUGUGAUUUUUUCAGAUUGGGGAGAGAUUUGUUUGACCGAAGACGAUACAGAGGAAGGAGGUUUAUAUUCAUUUCUAAUUUUUUUAUUUAAUUUUUUUAUUUAUUAAAUAAUUAGAUUUUUUAAUUAAUUUAUAUUGCUUACAUGGCAUCCACGUCAGCAGUAGAUGUUGAUUCACUAACGGUCAACAGUAUUGACCGUCUAAAUUGACGGAAAUUCACUGGUUAGGCUAAGCUAGUCUAUAUGCUGCAUAAUUGAGGCCGGGAUGUUAAUUUAUGAAACCACGGGCCAAAGUUGAUUAUAUGAUCAUAGUUCGGGCUAUAAUAAGGUAUUAACCCUAGUUUAUUUGGGAAUAAGUGGUCAAACACCAUCUCCCUGGCCUAAGUAUCGAUCGCCCCCAUGACCCUGAUAACUAAUGUCGCCUCUCCCUAAGCGACCAAAUACCGAGGAGGUACCAAGCCAACAAGGCAAGACAACAAAAUUGGCUAAGUAUAGAGCUAAGAGGGUACCCUUGCAGGCUUGGUACCAAAACAUAAAAUUUGACUAAAUAUGUAGCCAACAUGGUACCAAGCUGACAAGGCAGGCUUAGUUCCAAGACAUGAAAAAUUGGCUAAGUAUGGAGCUAACAGAGUAGGGUACAUUUGCAAAAUUUGGCUAAGCAUGAAGCCAAGAGGGUACCAAGCAAGGCUUAGUAGCCAGCCAACAGGGUACUACCAAACACCAAGGGGGUACUAAGACAUGAAAUUUGGCUAAGUAUGGAGUCAAGACUUGGUAGCCAGCCAACAGAGUACCAAGUCGGCAAGACGGGCUUGGUAUCCAAGUAGCAGGGUACCAAGUUGACAAGCUAAGAUGGCCACUUGACAGGGUACCAAGGCGACAACGCAUGGAGAUCCCUUUUCGGCAGGGUUAGCGUGGUAGCAGGGGAUAUCAAGCGAUGAGACAACUUGGGUAACAAGGCCUAGCUAACAAGACGAGGAUGGCAAGCCGAGCUAGGUAACAAGAAAAAGAUGAUACUAAGUUGACAUCAAAGGAGUUGAGUAUGGAAUCAUCAUGUUGGGAUAGUCAAGGAGGAUCGGGUGGCUAUAAAGAGGAGAAACGAAGACGGGAAAAUCUUUCCACAACCAAACAUUUAACUCUUCAAGUCAAACUUCAUCUUUUUCUCUGCCAUGUGGCCAUAGUCAUAGCCCUUAGUUUCUGUACCUCUCACUGACCCUCCAUAGAAAUAGGAGUAAUGUAACUUCCUUUGUCCCAAAGGCUAUCGAAAACAACAAACACUCUCGUUCAAACAUUUUUCAGAGAGGCGUGCACCGUAUUUAGAAUUGUUGUCCAAAGAAGUCAAGGUGCAAAGUAUUAAUAUUACACUCAAGAGUUUCCUCGCGCGAAAAACAAUAUGCAACGAUAUAUGCCGCCACUUAGGAAGGAAAGUGGAAACCACUUCGAGGAAAGGGGAAAAGCCACAAAGGGGCUACAAAGGCCACCAAUGGAUGGAAAAUCGAAGAAAAAAUACAGAGCAAAGGAUAAG